AUGUCAACUCUAUCCAUAUCAGUUCAUGGCGCUUUAAAUCAAAACCAAGAAGUAAACCGUCAUCGAAUUCCAAAUGGAGUAAUUGUUGGGGCCCAGAUGCCCAACAAUUCCCACUCUGCCAAAUUAUCGGCCGUCAAUGCCACCAGACCUGAGAAGACCGCCAUCAUCGCUUCUGCCACUGCCGAUCGAGCAGCUAUUGUGCCUCCCACGACUCCCACGAGUCAACAGCAGGCCUCGAGUCAACGGCACGUCGUGGUUGUCGGCGCCGGCAUCUCCGGACUGCGUGCGGCCUCGGUUCUGCAGCGGCAUGGAGUCGCGGUGACCAUUCUCGAGGGACGGCCGGACCGGAUCGGGGGACGGAUAUCGACGACUCGCGAACCAGGCAAGGCGGCGAAAGACAUUGGAGCAGCAUGGAUGCACGAGACCUCCCAGAACAAGCUCGUCCAACUGAUUCCAAAGCUCGGCAUCGAGUAUUACUACGAUGAUGGUGCAGCCCUUUACUAUACUCGCGAUGGCAGGGCCGGAUCUCAAUUUAAGGCGAAGAAGGUUGCUGACGAGUUUGCCGACUAUGUCGAGCAUUUCUACACAGCGAAUCCGAACGCUGCGGAUCGAUCCGUGAAGGCUUUCGUCGACGAGUUUGUUGAAAAACACCCGCUCAUCACUGCCUCGGAACGGAAGUGGGCGCCGCAAGCAACUCGGGAAGUCGAGCUGUGGAUCGGAACGUCCAUCGAACAAGCCUCAUCCAAGCAUCUGAGCUAUUUUCUGACGGAGAGAAAUCUCUACAUGAAAGGUGGCUAUGACAAGAUUGUCAAUUGGACGGCAGAGCCUCUCCUGAAGAAUCCGGAUACGAUCCGGUUGGGCGAAGUAGUGAAACACAUCAGCUGGGGAACAACUGAUGGCUCCGUGACAGUUCACUCACAAAAAGAGACCGGCCAGAAAAGCACCUGGGCCGCCGAUGCCGUGCUCGUGACGGUGCCCCUUGGCUGUCUCCACCGCGAUGCCAUUUCUUUCUCGCCUCCAAUGCCGGCCUCAAUCCAGGCAGGAAUCCGGUCUUUCUCCUAUGGUGCCCUUGGAAAGGUCUUCGUCGAGUUUUCCGAAGUCUUCUGGCCCAAAGACAACGACCAGUUUAUCUACUACCCUGCUCCUCUGGCUCCUGGCACGCCAAUUGAUGACUCCUCCAUUUUGUCCUACGCGACUGUGACCUCGAACCUCUGGAUCAUGUCUGGCACCAAGGAACUGUGCAUCCAAAUCGCAGAACCCCUUACCCAGCGCAUCGAGGCCAUCUCGGACAAAGCAGUCCUCUUCGCAUUUUUCGAGCCUCUUUUCAAGCUCAUGCGUACAGAACCCUACAAAGAUCUUCCUGACCUCUUGAGUAUCGAGACGACGCACUGGACGACGGACAGAUUCGCGGGCUACGGCAGCUACAGCGUCGAGAAGACGGGAGACGAUGCCUCCAUGCUCGUUAAUGCCCUGGAUGAGCAUCGUGGCAGUAGACUGCAAUUCGCUGGUGAGCACUGUAUUCAGACUGGGAACGGUUGCGUCCACGGUGCUUUCGAGACAGGUGAGAUUGCCGCAAGGAAUCUUCUGGCUGUCUUUGGGAAAGACUGGGAUGGCUUGGACACCACUGCUAGGAGCGUUUCUCCUUGA